AAUGGACGGAAAAGUGGCUCCCUCAAACGUCAAAUUUUACCGCUUGCGCCAUUGGUGAACGCUAAACAUUCUUUUCGUCUUCGACCCGUUUGCUUCACCGGCUUCUAGUCACGUGCAUUUUUGUAGUUAUCCGUAAACAUCACUAAUAUACAAUGGCUGAUGAAUAUUUUUAUGCAUUGACUUUGAAAGGCAAACAAAGCAGUGAAGUUUGGGAUCCAGAAGCAAAGGGCGAUGGAGAUUUCCAGGGAGGUCACAAAUUGAUCAUCAAACAAGCAUUAUUGGGACCAGAAGCCACUGAAGGAGAAGUAAAUGUAGUGCAAGUAGAAGCCAUGACUUGGAAAGACUCGGUUAAAAUCCCAGUGGCAACAUUAAAGGCUGGUGGCGCCAAUAACCAAGUUUUGUUAGAUUUAUCGUUCCCGGAUCCACCAGUUACAUUUACAUUAAUACAAGGAAAUGGCCCUGUUCACAUUAUUGGACAUCACUUAAUCGGAAGUCCAAUGGAAGAUUUUGAAGAAAUGGAUGAGAUGGAAGAAGAAAUGAUAGAAGAUGAGGAAGGAGAAGAAGGAGCAGAGGAGGAUGAGGAGGAAGAAGAACCUAAAUCCAAAAAGGCAAAAACUACAAAUAAUUCUGCCAAGGGCAAAGCUCCUGUAAAAAACAACAAAGCCAAAAAGUAACUGUUUUACUAUCUUAAACGAACUUUUAAAAAGUUUUAUGUAUGUCAAAAAUUGUUUGAAGUGAAUUUUUAGUUGUAAUUAAGCAUUUGAAAAUAAAACAUAAAUUCACUGUUCGUGUGCCAGAAGUUAUGAUAUUUCUUAUUAAUUUUUAAGACUUAAGAAUAGUGAUUUUAAUGUUUUAUUGUUUAACAUGUUCUGACAGUGAAUGCUAUGUUGAAUUUCAACAUAUUUUGUGAAAGUUCUUUUUAUUCCAAUGUAAUUGUAAGCUGACACUUUAGAUAUUUAUUUUAAAAUUCAGUUGUAAAUAUACAAUCUCAUUAAACUAGUUUUUUCUAA